UUUAUGUGAAAAGAAUAGAUGGGAAGUUCUACUAUGCAAAUUAAAUUUUCCUCAAAAGAAAGUCGUUCUCAAACGGAGUGUUAAUCUGAAACUCGUAUGACCGAACAAACGAACAAUCCGUAGCACAGUAGCACCAACAAACGUAUCAGUUGUUUUCACAGAGACACCGAACUAACAAGUAACAACUCCCCAAAAUUCCCGCUUUCCACCACACCCUCAAACUCCGGUGCUUGAAACCCCCAAAAUCCCUAAAAAAAAAAACAAAAAAAAACCUGAUACUUGACAAAUAUAAUGAGCAAGAAAAAGUGUCGGGUGACACUCCCAGUAAUUUUGGUUGUUUCUGCAAUUUGCUACAUCUAUUUUACAACCAUCUUUGUGUUCCUUGAUCGUUGGUUAGGCCUUUUCUCUUCUCCUGGUCUGAUGAACGCCGUCGUUUUCACCGCAAUUGCUGCCAUUUGUGUUUUCAAUUACGUCAUUGCUAUCUUGCGGGACCCGGGUCGGGUUCCUAACCCUUUUAUACCCGAUAUUGAAGAGGCCCAUAACCCGAUUCAGGAGGUUAAGCGCAAGGGAAUUGCAUGGUCAGAUUUAAAGAGCGGUGACUUAAGAUUUUGUCAGAAGUGCUCCCAUUAUAAACCUCCCCGUGCACAUCAUUGCCGAGUUUGCAAAAGAUGUGUGCUGCGAAUGGACCACCACUGCAUCUGGAUAAAUAAUUGUGUAGGCCAUGCAAACUAUAAGGUCUUCUUCAUAUUUGUCCUCUAUGCUGUAAUAGCAUGCAUCUACUCUGCGGUAUUGCUUCUGGGUAGUAUGGUUAGCGACACUGCACAGGAUGAACAGCAGAAUGAAGGAUCAUCAAGAACUGUAUAUGUGAUAUCAUGUCUCCUUCUAUUCCCUCUGACUAUAGCACUCGGUGUUCUCCUUGGUUGGCAUAUCUACCUCACUCUACGAAAUAAGACUACUAUCGAGUAUUAUGAAGGAGUCAGAGCUAUGUGGCUUGCAGAGAAAGGAGGAGAAGUAUACAGACAUCCUUAUGAUCUAGGAGCUUAUGACAACUUAACUUUGGUCCUUGGUCCAAAUAUCUUUAGCUGGUUAUGCCCUACCUCAGGCCACAUUGGUUCAGGUUUACGCUUCCCUACAGUAUAUGAUAAGCUUACUGGAUUGUCGUCAGAAUGAAAGGAAUUUUGCUCUAAUGUUGGUAAUGCAGCCAGAGUCAUUCAGUUGAUAUGGUGAUCAAUUGGGAGCUCAUACGGUCCUUCAUCAAGUUUGUAUGUUUUAGGAAAUGCAGCUGCACUUGUAGACAAAAUGCAUUCGAACGGUGUUCAAGUCAGUGUCUAAAUGCGAGUUUUAGGUACUCCACUACAAUCAAAAGUAUUUUCAAGUGUAAGCGGUAUUUCAGUCGGGUAGUCUUUUGUGAAAUCUUGAGGUCUGGAGUGAUGAAGUACUGGAGUCUCUAGGCUGGGAACUGUAUGUGGCUGAUGCUUCGGCAUGCAACUGGAGAAACAUAACCCCGGCUUAAGCUUCGGUCCCAGUAUUCUGGAUGAUAGAAUUCAUCUACUAAUUUGUAUCACAAUUGUUUGGUAACUAAAGAAAAAUUGUAAUAUAUUCGUAUAUGUUGUACGUGCUCAAUGUUUUCUGUUGCAUUUGUAUGAAAAGAGAAUUAGAUAUAAGGUUGUCUCGUGGAAGCAUAGCUCUAUGUACUCCAAGGUAUACCUUAUAAGUUGUGCUAUAAUAUCGUCAUUGCUGUAGUAGGUGAAAUGUUAAUAGGGAUUAUUUCACAGUUUAAACUAUUAAAAUGUAUCAGUAAGGACAAGGCAAUAUUCACUGAAUGAUUUUAGUGUUUUUUACCCACAAUAAUUUUAUUUUCGUUUGUUUA